UACUUUACUUCGGUGAGAGCUAGCCUUCCCCGGCAGAAAAUCUUAUUUGAGCAGAUUAUUGAACACUUCUAUUCGGACCUGAAUAAUCGCUGCUUUGCUUAAUCUGACUUAGACGUCCCGUCAUCGUGAUGUAUGCCUGUGCUAAGUUCGUCUCUACGCCCUCUCUGAUCCGUGCAGGAUCCCGGGCACUGUGCAGACCACUUUCAGCAGCAGUAGUGUCAGACAGGAAAGCGGAGACCGCUUCGCUCCUGGCACCUGUGAGUCUCGCAGCCUCCCAGCAGCAGGUGGCAGUGCGGGGGAUCCAGACCAGCGCUGUGAGCCGCGAUAUUGACACAGCUGCCAAGUUUAUUGGAGCCGGAGCUGCAACUGUAGGUGUGGCGGGAUCUGGAGCUGGGAUUGGAACUGUGUUUGGCAGCCUUAUUAUUGGUUAUGCCAGGAACCCCUCUCUGAAGCAGCAGCUGUUCUCCUACGCCAUCCUGGGCUUUGCUCUGUCUGAAGCUAUGGGUCUCUUCUGCCUGAUGAUUGCAUUCCUUAUUCUMUUUGCAAUGUAAAUCACUUUGGCAUUUAAAAUACACAGAAACAUAAUCAUGUUAACAAGAGAGAGAUGUUGGAAUAAUGGAAAUGAUCUCAGCUCAUUUUGAUGGCUAGUCGUAUCYGUGUUUGUUGAAAGUUUGUUAAUCUGGUGUUGUAAAGAACCCACGCUGAACAAAUCAUUUUAAAUGAAGGUUCUGAGAUAGUGUAUCCAGUCAAAUGUUUUUGUUAGCAAAUAUGAAGCCAAUAUCAYAAAUAAAACAGUAACCUCUUCA